GGCGUUAUGCAGAGGAGAAGGGGAGUGGAAAAGUGGGUUGGGACAACGGAGACGUCGCGGACGCUCUGAACUUUGCAGACUUCUAGGACGAAAAAGGGACAGGUUGUUGAAUGGUGCUGCUCCGCGGGAUAAGAGGAGGCUGAUAGUUGACUUGAAAGGAUAGGACUGUCCUGAAAGAUAUUACAUGGCAGAUCUGCAAAGGCAAAAGGUGACAUUUGCAAGGGCCGAAUGGCUCAGGAAAGACGACGCCGCUCUCUCUCUUGGCAGGCGACCACAGUCAUACAUGCAAGUGCACCUCCACCUACCCUCCCUAUCCCCUGCCACGUCAUCGUCUCAAUAACACACCAGUACCGAAGCCACCGUCUCGACCCACGGAAACGUACACCAACAGAUCACCUACACACCCUAAUUGGCGUCUUCUCACCAAAACUAUUCGGCGCUUUUUCAUGUUGUCAUCCAGGCAUGAUACUUUGGGAGGCAGUCAUUACAGGCUCCGGAGGGGGUUUUGUACUGCUUAGAGCAAGCAAGAGGGCGGGUGUGGGCGAUGACGAAUUUGGGUUUGAGGUUGGGAUUGGAAACGAGCCGAGUGAGGCUGGAAAUUGAAGAGUGGAGAAUAUCUCAGUGCUGGGAGGUUCCAUCUGCCCUCGGACCAAGUGCAUUGACACCAGGAAUGGCAGGAACUCUGAAGACGAAAAGAGAAUCCGCAGCUCAUCGGUUCAUGUCCCUCUUCCCUGGAGAACAGCAUGUCGUACUGCUCAUGCACACAUUACUAGACUGAAGGUGGUGGUGUUGGGAGGGACAGGCUGUGGUGGUGAUUACGCAUUGGGAGGGGGAGAUUACCUGGGUGGUUAGGCAGUUUAGGAUCUGGCAGGGGCGUGGUGGCAUUGUUGGAUGACUGAGUAGUGUUGCUUGAAUUUGAUUUCUUGAGCCAUGUAUGGUGAGAGGUCCAAGGCGCCAGACUGGAGAUCAGGGUGUUGGAUGUCUUUCAACGUCGUUCAGCAACAUAUGGUCUUCCUGGGCAUGGGUUCGAAUCCCAUUCUCAUCAUAUUUAUAUCCAUUGCAUACUUUUUCAUCAUGGUGUGCACCUUGUUGUCUAUGGAGAAUUAAACGUGAACGACUUGCGCAU